CCGUAAGACCCAAAGAGGGCUCAGACAGAACACCACAUCAGAACUUCUCUUAGGAGGCGGCGGAAGGAGGAGACGACAAGAACGAAAUGGCUCCGAUCGCGGUGGGCGAUGCGCUCCCCGAAGGGACGUUGGCGUGCUUCGACGAGAACGACCAACUUCAGCAGGUGUCUGUCCACGCCCUCGCCGCCGGCAAGAAGGUCAUCCUCUUCGGCGUCCCCGGUGCCUUCACUCCUACCUGCAGCAUGAAGCAUGUGCCGGGCUUCAUUGAAAACGCUGAGGAGCUGAAAUCCAAGGGCGUUGAUGAGAUCCUCCUCAUCAGUGUUAAUGACCCGUUUGUGAUGAAGGCAUGGGCAAAGACAUAUCCUGAAAACAAAAAUGUGAAAUUCCUAGCUGAUGGCUCUGGUACCUACACUCAUGCUCUUGGCUUGGAACUGGAUCUCUCAGAGAAAGGACUGGGAACUCGAUCACGGAGGUUUGCUCUCCUUGCUGAUGACCUUGUGGUUAAAGUUGCAAACAUCGAAGAAGGUGGAGCAUUCACCAUAUCUGGCGCAGAAGAGAUCCUUAAGGCACUCUAGGAAUGUUUAGUUUCGUGGCAUGUUGCUGUUAUGUCCACUGGUUGUCAUCCGACCAGUGUUAGGUGUGCUAUCUUGAUGAUAUGAAUAUUUGAAGUUGGAGUUACCUUUGAUGCAGCUUUGGUUGAAUAACGCUCUUGUUUUUGGCAACUGAGAACUUGAAUCAAGUAAAUGAUAUGCUUUAUCUACUAA